UUUGCGUCAUUUUUAUUUACCGGAACACCCGCACAAGCGAAAGUCGCGGAGAAUCACGUCUGAAACGAAUUACUUCUCACUCUAGCAGUUAACGCCGGCCAAUGGGAUUAUGGCUCAGCUGGGGUCGCGGUAGUUUCCGGGUUUCGUGUAGUGGCCAGGGCCCGGCAACUCUCCAUCAAAAUCGGGGACAAAGCUCGAGGUUGCUACUAUAGGAAGCGCUAGUGUCGCCGGGUGCAGCUGCAGGUUAGACUCGCCAACUUUCCCACAUACAAAUUGGCUAAUUUGUGACAAAUACGAAAAGUGUCUUCUAGAUGUACAAUUAUUCAUAAUCUCAACUUGUAAGAAACUUCUGAAGAAAUCACGAACGUAUACGUUAUCUUUUGUAACAUUAUGGUCCUGCUUGCGACCCGCGAACUCACGCAGCAGUCAGGCACGUUGAAAGUUUUGUUGGCAGCAGUUCCUGUUUUAGUUCCUGUAAGGAAGGUGAUGCUCUAGAGCGCGCCACCGUAAUGGUCCCCACCACGUUAUAUGGGAGUUAUAGGGUCCUGGUAGUGGCGUUGUAGUUCACCAGUGAACGGUUGUGUUCGAGUGUGUUGCUUAUUUUUUAGUAAUUGUAUUUCUUUCCGAGAAUUGUUUUGAUCAUUACUCGAAGGAGCGUAACAUUCAAGCGACGAAUUUACCUGUAAUAUAUGUUUUCCUUUUACGCCAUGUUACGGCGAUAACAUUUCCUUCAGACAGAAUUUAGUUUUAUUGUCAUUGAACUUGCUUGUGCCGUGUGUUAUUUAAAUAUAAUUAAAGUAUGUCGUCAGUUUUCGCCGUCAAAGGUUACUCGGACAGUCCAGGAGUUCCGAAGACUAGAGCUGUUUAUCCAUUCCAAUUACCAUGCGAUCGUUAAUUCAUCUUUGGCAGCGUCAGAAACUUAGAUCAAAUGGAAUGAUGAAUGGCAGUAGUUUAGGGAUGCCUCCUGGAAAUGAUCAGGGACGUCAUGGUGGUGCGAAUGGACACAAUGUUCCCGACUUUGAUGUGAGUCGGGUGAAAACUGAACCUGACAGCAACAGCAUGUCUCACAACCAAUCUCUGGGUUCAGGAAGGCAAGGUUUUGGGUCUGAACUAGCUGACACUACUAUUGGAGGAUUCCAGAGCCCUGUCCAAACAUCAGAAAAUUCAGUAGGUAUUCCAAAUUCUUUUCAAUUAGGAGCCUUACUCUCAGGACCAGGCCCUGGUGGACAAGGGAAAAGUCCCAUUCAGCUUCUAAAUAUACUGGGAGAUCAACCAGCUCAACCUGCUUCUACAAUAAAAAAGUCCAGGAAACGUAAAGGUGAAAGCGGCAUAUGGCGCAGUCCAAAAAGGAAACAAAGUGAAGAUUGUGAAAUUGUGCUUGAGAGCUCCAGUAGUGAUUCUACGCCAUUGGGAACACCUACAUCACGUGAUGCUCCAAUGGAUGUGAGCUUAGAUUGUGAGCCAGAGAAAGCUGGCUCAGAUUUUGCCGAAGAAGAAAUAAUGGAACUUGAUGACAUGGAAGACAUGUUAAAAACCAGAAAACCUAAGAAAGAGAAGAAAUCAUCACCACCCACCAUAAUCCUUGACUUGCCGGAAAAUAAGAAUAUUGUACCUCCUUCCGUUAGCAUUACACCAAUCACUUCAUCAUCUACUAGUUUCAAUUCUGUUCUGACUGGUAUGGGUUUAGAACGACGUCCCGGUAUUGAAAUAAUCCCUAUUUGUUCUGGUCCACAAACAUCACUGCCUAGCUCAAUAACAAUUACACCAAUUUCAUCAAAAUCAUUGAGUGAUGAUCGAAGUAGAGAAAGAAAAAGUGGUAAAAGUAGAAAUGAAGAAAAGAUAAAAUUAGAAAAGAAACGGAAGCGCCAGAAAAGAGAAGAUAGUCCGAGUGGAGCAUCAAUGGGUCCCCCUGACAAGCUACCUAUUAAGCAAGAUCCUUUAUCAAAGCCUGUCUCUGUUAGUAUAAAACCGACUGAAUCUCCCCCCUUAUCGAAUGUUAGACCUGCAUCUCCAGCAGGUACUUUACGAAAAAUUACUUCAUCACCAACACACAUGAGUCUGUCAGUUUCGAAAUCAGGAUCAAACAAACCUUCAUCACAUCAGAGCCCCAAACAUUCGCCGGGAUAUACAACAAGCAGCCCCAAACAUCAUGGCACUUCAUCUCCCAAACAUCAGUCCUCUGGUAGUUCAGGUAAACCUAGCAUGUCAGCUUUAAAAUCUGCUGCAAGUUCUCCCUCAACAACUGGAAAAAGUAGUUCAGGAGAAGUAUCUAAAGUAAAAUCAUCAUCAUCCUCAAAUAAAGAUAAAGAUAGAAAAGUAUCAUCAAGUUCUUUUAGUUCUGGAAGUUCAAGUUCUGGAUCAAGCCCAAAGUUAAAAUCAUCAAGUGUAAAAUUAAAACAGUUGGACUUGUCUAGCACAUCAGGUGAAAGUACAUCUACUACUCCAUCUGGUGGAACUACUCCUCCUUCAGGCAAUUCUGUUAGUGGAAGUAAGACAACAUCUGUACCUCAGGUUCGAAACAGGAAAGGAUCUCUUUCUGCUGUCAUUGACAAACUGACUGCUCAACACAGUGGACCAGAACCAUCAGAAAUAACGAAAGAAGGGAGAAGUUGCACUACUAACCCUGGAAAUAAAACUCCAGGUGAAACUAAUAAAAACCCUGGGGAAUAUAUGGUAAAACCUAGUUCUGAUGGAAUGAAAUUGACUAUUAACAAGACUAGAACAAAGGAUUCAAAAUCUGGUAGUAUAGUAAAAACCACAGCAUCAGGGUCUGGAUCUCCUAAAACUCACACAGGUUUGAAGCCUGGUGUUAAUAGUGGACCUGCAUCGAAAAAGCCUCAUCAGAUGAUGCAACAGAAAACAAGUGGAAGUAGCUCUACUAUGUCUAGUUCAGGAUCUAGCAGUAAAACAAGUAGUGGGAAUCAGUCAUCAAAAGUUUCUGUGACUAAAUCAAGCAGUUCACCUGUUGGAGGUAUGUUAUCUAAAUCUGUAUCAAAAUCAAGUGGUUCUCCAAAAAUGACUAGUUCAACUGAUUCCAGCAGAAGGGAUAAUAAACCUCGGCCUCCAAAGAGUAGUAGUGAUAGAGAUAAAUCAGUAUUUCCUGGUCCAAAAAGUUCAGAUGUUCGCAAAUCAAGCCCAGUUGGUCUUCGAGAGGAUAAUGAAACAUUUAAAAUGCUGAAUAAGCUUGAACCAACGUUGCCUCCUCAAUUGAUGGUUGAAGGACUAAUGAAAAGUUUGGAUACUAAAUUUCAAAUACCCAAAUUAUCAGCAAGGAAUAAUCCAUCAGAUAGUGAAGCAAAGAAAUCUGCAUCUGAGAAAACUACAAGUGGUGAAACAAGUCGAAUAGAACCAUCGUCAAAGCCUAUAGAUUUAGCAGGUAAAGGAGAAAGUGGAUGUACUUCUUCUAAGUUUCCAGUUUCAAAAAGUAGUGAUGAAAACAAAAAUUUGAGGGCUUCACCAGUUAUGACACCUAUACCACCUGCAAUGCCUGUGCCUCCUAAUCAGAUGGUUGGUUUGACUUCAAAUGUUAAAACAAAUACUCCAUCACUCCCUCCUGUUGUAACCAAGGCAGGAGAUAUGGUGAGUUUAGAUACAAAUCUUUCAACUUCUGUUACCACUUCAACACCAGUGCUAAAUUUAAGUGUAACAUCUCCUUUGGAUGUGAAUGCUGAGACACACGAUAUGAGCAUAAGUGGGGCAAGAGGAAAGUCUGAAAUCCGUAUGCAGGGUGCUGUGUGUAAAGAAGACCUAACACCCAGUACCAAAUUAGAGCCUGUGAAGUGUUUCUCAGGGAGCGAAUCGUCUGCUCUUUCAUUGACUUUACCAAGCAGUAAAACUUUGGACACAUCAUCACCGAAGUAUACUUCCUCUAUCAAUGUGCAGAAAUCUGCUGAUGAUUCUAAAAAAGUUUCCAAUAUUACAAGUGACAUUGUUAAUAAAAUUCCCAACAAGAUGAAUCCUACUAGUGCUACCCCACAACAAGAAGCUGCAGAAAUUCUUCUAGAUUUUUCAUCGUCUUCAACCAUUCCAACCAAAACCUUACCUACUGAUCAUCCUGUAAGUAAGUUGACCACAGUCCCAGAACGGGCUCUUGCAUCAACUGUUCCAAGUCGUAGGAAUACUCCUCCUCCUAUCUCUUCUCUCCCACCUCCAACAGGAUUUCCUAACUCUCCCUCCGUUUCAGUUCACAUUGUGAAGUCUCCAGCAACAUCACCCCUUGUUACUCCUUCUCCACAUUCUGUUUCACCAUGCAUAACAGAUGAUGAGCUGAUGGAUGAGGCACUUGUAGGUAUGGGGAAAUGAGUAAUGAUGCAUUAUUUAAUGUUUUAUUAAUUUGUAAGCUGGGGCUUCCCAGUUACUGUGUAUAUUAAUAGAUAAUGCAUGAUAAAAGUAAUAUAAUUGAGCUCCCAAAUGUCUCAUUAUGUCGAUAAUCUAGCCUUCAAGUGACAUUGUCAGCACAAGGGAGGUUAAAUUUGCUAGCUCUCAAGUGGCUGCUGAUGCUCUGUGCUUUGGAGCCACUUCGACAAUGAUGCAAUUACAAACGUAUUUGUUAAAUAGUAGAAACAGCCUAUAUUUUUACCUCUGUAAUAUACCUCAAGAAAAUGCUGAAACUGGAUGUGAUUAUGUAGGCAUCCUCUAAUAAGCAGAGUACCAAUGCAUUAAAAAAAGCACCAUGGAGUUCAGCUAAAGCUAUUGUAUAAUUUUUAUUUUACAUAGAAAGAAACUGCUGGCAGGUCAUUCUGUUAUGAUUGAUUUAUUUGUCCAUAUAUUUAUUUCUAUUUUAAUGCCAAUACUCUGUUGUAUAUAAUCCAAUUGAAUAUGAAGAUUCUCCAAAUUUUCUGAACAGAAGAGACUAAUCUUAUGAAAGAAACCACUAUGGGUCCAAUUGUAAUUAGUGUUUUGUUUUUCAUGCCAUUGUGUGUGUGUGUGUGUGUGUGCGUGUGUGCGUGUGUGUGUGUGUGCGUGUGUGCGCGCGUGCGCACGCAUAAAAAAAAAUUUAAAAAAGUACGGAGAAAUCCGUAAUACUUAGGCAGUGACUAGUGCCCAACAAUUGUUAGAGAUAUUGUGUUACAAGACCUUUUGAACUUGCAUUGUUUUUGGAAAUGUAGGUUUUUAUCACGUAGUUAUUAAUCAAAUAAGAUGUCAAAUGUACGAGUACACUAUACUAUGGUUACUCAAAAUUUUUUAUAUUAAUGAGAAAUGUUUGUUGAGGUGGUUAAGAAAAUAACAGUAUAGCUAUUAAUGAAAUGAGAAUUGCUUGUGUUCCAUAAGGCCCAGAAGUGCCAAAGCAAUACAAGUUUCAUGAUGAUGUUACAUCAAAUGUGUAUCAUUCAAACUUUUAUCUACGAUUAUUAUAAAGACAUUUUUAAUUUUAUGUAUAUGAAUAUUUGACAUAAACAACUUAGUUAAGAGAGUAAUGUUGCUUGUUAGUUUCGAACAACACUUUUUGUUAGUCUUCGAAGAGGUGGUGUUAUAAUGAAAUCAUUAAGCAACUAGUGGUAUAAUAAAUUCAUUAAGAGUGCUAUAAUGAACCUUUCUAUAGCAACCAAAGUAAUCACAUUGUUGUAGAUAAAAGUAUUUAAAUGAUAUCUUAAAAUGUGAAAUUAUUUAGAAUACGUAUAAUGUGUGUCACUAUUAGCUGGAGAAGGAACCAGAUAUUUCAUGUUACAGCUGGAUCUACAAAUAGAAGGGUAAUUUUUUAUUAAUGUGUAACCUGUGACUAUUUUCAUCCUUUUCUCAUCGUUUGUAAUCAUAAUCUCAUAGAUAGGCCUAUUACUUGUCAUUAAAAUUGUUUUGUGUAUUAAAAAAUGUUAUUCCUUUUGCUUCUAUAAUUUUUGUGGAAACACUUUUUCUUUUGACUUAAUUUGUAGUGCUGUUUCAAUUCAAAAAUAAACUUAUUGUAUGUGACAUACUUUACAAAAGAAGUCUAUUAUAAUUUUUCAAAAUUUUUGUUAAUUCAAAAAGCUUUUCGAUGGCAACAGAGGAAUUAAUUUUAAUGAGUAAUUUUUAAUAUAUGUUGCAUUAUGUAUUAGUAGCUGGUAGUUGAACUGAAGUGAACUUCAAAGUGAUUUGUAUAAUAUUUGCACUUAUCUGAUUCACAUUCCAUUAGUGGUAAACUCAAACAGAAUAGUUUCAUAAAAUGUAUUUAAUUUGUUUUAUAUAAUGUUGAUGUCAAUUAAUCCUUUGAUUACAUUCACUUCUAUAAACCUUUUGAAAAUUUUAUGAAAAAAGGUGUAAAAACUUUGAUGAUCAACUUUAUAAUUGCGUCAACAGUGAUUAAUUCGUGUGAUUUCUGAGUGUUUGCAUGUUGUUGCAACAAUUUGUUCAUUUCAAAAACUCCUUUUGAUAAUUAUAGUUUUCGUAAUUGGGAUGAUAUCUGUGUCUGGGUCAGGCUUUAGGUCAGUGCUGUGGCCAAUACAAAACUCUUCUCAAGAUCAUUCUGGUCACAAUUUCUUUUAUUUCCAAUGCCUACUUAUCCAUAAACCUCAAUUGAGAUUCUGGUUUCUGUCAUUCUACUUGUUGCUGAUAAAGUGGAGCUAAUAUUUCACUAGCUAUUUUCUUUUUGGAAGGAAUUACAUUGCACAUAAUCUGCCAAUGUAACUUUUCUCUGGAGCAACCUCAUUUAGUGGAAACUUCUGUUAUUGCAGUUUAUUAGGUAAUGUCACAUAGAAUACUUCAUUUCAAACACGUCAUCUUUUUUUCAUAUUUUUAUUCAAGUUUCAUCUCAGGAUUGAAGAUGAAGUUUGUUUUGAACAGGAAUAUGGGAAGUACAUGAAUUAAGAAUUCAAUUUUCAGUCAUCCAUUUAGUUUCAUUUUUCUAUAUUUGCCGUGUAUUCAUUGUUACAAAUACUGAUAGUAGUUUACCAUGUAGGUAUCGUGACGCUCAGGGAAAGUUGGUUAUUAAGAACAUCUGCCCCCAGUGGUGACUAUUUACAUCACAACCUAAACUUUAACUUUCAAUCUAAUUAUUUUAUGUGACCUUUCUGUACAAAGGUUGUAAUGUACUUGCUUUUUAAGUUUUUGAAUGCAACUCUCAAUUUUGUACAUGUACAUCUCUUCUUUUCUUAAAUUACUUACUGUUUUUUGCAUGUGAUAAAGGUGUAAUCAAUAUUGUCAGAUCACAUUCAGUAUUGUGAGCAAUGUAUAAUAAUGCUAAGCUGUUGUCUGUGGGAGGUUUUAGUAAGGAUUUCUGCUUUUAUGCUUCACUUCUUUCUGAGAACAUGUGAGCCUUGUCACUAGAGGAGACCAGGGCGAAGUAGUCAGCCCAGUUUAUUAGCAAGUAUGUCAGGUGAACUCUUUAUGAUAACGAUACUAUGCACUCAAGC